AUGUCACAAAGUCGGCCCGGGUUGUUUCCAACUUUGCGCAUGGGUGAGGUGAUCCGCGAGAAGGUCCAAGAUGGACUGACGGGCGAGCCCAAAGAGAUCUCCUACACGCAGUGUAAGAUUGUUGGCAAUGGCUCCUUCGGUGUCGUGUUUCAGACCAAGAUGGCCCCCAGUGGUGAGGAUGCUGCCAUCAAGAGAGUCCUCCAGGAUAAGCGGUUCAAGAACCGUGAGCUGCAGAUCAUGCGAAUUGUGCGCCAUCCCAACAUUGUCGAACUCAAAGCCUUCUACUACUCCAACGGCGACAGGAAAGAUGAAGUCUAUCUCAACCUCGUUCUCGAGUAUGUCCCAGAGACAGUGUAUCGUGCAUCCCGUUACUUCAACAAACUCAAGACUACUAUGCCCAUGCUAGAAGUCAAGCUGUACAUCUACCAACUCUUCCGGUCGCUGGCCUACAUCCAUUCACAGGGUAUCUGUCACCGUGACAUUAAGCCCCAGAACCUCCUUCUCGAUCCCAACACGGGUAUCUUGAAACUCUGCGAUUUCGGAUCCGCCAAGAUACUGAUUGAAAACGAGCCCAACGUUUCAUACAUCUGCUCUCGCUACUACCGUGCGCCCGAGCUGAUCUUUGGUGCGACAAACUACACAACAAAGAUCGAUGUCUGGUCAACUGGUUGUGUGAUGGCAGAAUUGAUGCUUGGACAACCCCUCUUCCCAGGAGAGUCGGGUAUUGAUCAACUGGUAGAAAUCAUCAAGGUCUUGGGCACCCCAACUCGAGAACAAAUUCGCACCAUGAACCCCAAUUAUAUGGAGCACAAGUUCCCUCAAAUCAAGCCUCAUCCCUUCAAUAAGGUUUUCCGCAAGGCACCGCCGGAGGCUAUUGACCUCAUCUCUGCCCUUCUGGAAUACACUCCGACACAACGACUGUCUGCCGUGGAGGCCAUGUGUCACCCCUUCUUCGAUGAGCUCCGUGACCCUAAUACCCGACUACCGGAUUCCCGUCACCACAACAACCCCUCCAAGGAUCUUCCUGCUCUAUUCGACUUUUCACGACAUGAACUCUCGAUUGCCCCCGAAAUGAACGCCCAGUUGAUUCCCCCUCACGCUCGUCCUGCCCUCGAAGCUCGCGGCCUCGGCCUUGAUACUUUCAAACCCCUUGCCAAGGAGGAGAUGAUUGCACACCUCGACUGA